UGACUGCUAUGCCAUCUUGGAAUGUAAUAAGUUAUGUGAAUGCAGUGAAGUUCAUUUACAGUUGGAUAUGUUGUUGUGGUUCUAUAACAAUGCAGUCCAUCUAAACUCUCCACUCACCAUAUUUUAUGUCCAACACACUAACACAAUAAACCAUUGAAAUCAUAAUAACAUAUAUAGAGAAUUUGAUUCAGUAAAGUAAUCUAAAUUAGAUUGUGUAUAGUGUUCAGUAAUACAGCUAUUCUUAACCAGGGGUACUAGGAACCAUGGAGGUACUUGGCCUAUCCACAGCAGGAACGUAAGAAGACUCAUGAUUAGACCAUUGGCUUACUGGUAAAUUGCAUGAGGGGGUACUCCAGGCAGAGCAACAUUCAGUUGGUGGUACAGUAACUGCAAAUGGUUGGGAACCACUGCAGUAAUACAUGAAGGUGUGGUUGACUGUGAGGGACUGUGAUGUCAGAUGUAUCCUAUUUCCUGUUCUUUAUAAGUAGAUGUCAGACAAAGACAGACAGCAGUACACAGACAGCUGUGGUAAUGGUGAUGUCACUGCUGAGGAGUUUGCUGUUGUUCUACUUCUCAUUCAAUGAAUUGACCACAGCAGCAGAAGCCAUUCUCUGGGUGAAGACUGUGGAGAAGUUUACUAUGAAGUGCUCCACCACUCUAAAAGACCAGGACGGAAUGUACCUGUAUGUUGGGCUGGACAGGGAGGUGUUGUAUUACCACCAGCGUAGCUCCAAGCUGACCCCCAGGAAAGGCUACUGGGACAGAGUGAAGACUGAGGGACCUGUGGACCAACUGACCAUCACCAUCAGUAACCUGACUAUAGAGGACACAGGAGUCUACUGGUGUGUUUACACCAAAUUCAAUGAAGCCAUGUAUGAAAAUGACAUCAACCAAGGAAGAGGCUCCACUCUGGUCGUGGUGAAUGACGAUGCCCCCCAGCUGCCAUGCCCCACAGCUACUGCAGUACCACUGACCCCCUUUCACCCAGCCAACGACAAGCCGUGCCCAUCUGGCGUGGUAAACAUCAUCAUCAUUAGCAUCUUGACCAUCCUGCUGUGUGUCAUCUUCCUCAUCUGGGUCGUUUCACGGGUGAAGAGGUGCUUUAACCAGGGAGGAUACACACCCCAGGUCUUUCCUGACUCGGUCUAUGAAGACAUGGCCAAGAAUCACAUUUAUCCACCAGACACACAGCAGGUAGAAUCGGACCCGUUUUCUGUGUCUACCAAAGGAGGAAGUAGGACAACUGAGUAGCUUCUUCAAAUGCUUUCUCUGAAUAUGGCUUCUUUACUUUCUCAGAAUUGAAAAACCUGUCUGCUGUAUUUCACAGUUCUAGCCUCAAUGCUAGUCUUAUUGGUCAAAUUGUUUGUGUGUGUGUGCGCGCGUGUGUGUGUGUGCGUGUGUGUUGCGCCAUACCAUGCUUAUGUGUGUGAAUAAAAUCUCUAUAUGGACAGUAUUCAUUCAUAUUUCAACAGAAGAGGGAACAGCCAAUGUUAUAUUCCAGUUCUAUUCAACUAUAUUCUUACGGGGGCCAGAUGUAAAAAAAGGUUAAUUUCAGGGGGGCCAGACAUUUUCCACAUGCGACCCACACACACCAAUAAAGCACUUUUCUUCUAAUGAAAUGUUGCUAAAAGUAGUUGGGGAAGAAGUGGAAAGUGCUCGAUCAACGUGAGUUGAGGUGCAACCAAAAAAUGUGCUCCUCUUUGAAAAGAAAAAGGCUCAAUGCUUGCUCAUCCUUUUAACUAUUAAAAGAUCCUUAAAUGUAAUUAGGUCAUUUGAAAAUCAUCUGAAAACUAAGCAUCUCAAUAAAUAACAGACAACAACCAUAGUGCUUUUCAUUUUGCCACUGAACGUCGGAUUUUGGUGCAGAUCUUUUGUGAAUGUUCAGAAUUGAUCAAAGGGCCAGUCUAAAUUACUGAACGGUUCAGAUCUGGCCCGCUGCCGCCAGUUGAAUAUCCCUGUUUUAGUCCAUAAGGUGUACAGUUGAUAGCGAUGGAGGCCUCCCUAUAACUUUUUUCAAUAGAUCAGGUCAUAAGAUUCAUAUUGCUGUUUUCUAGUGUUUUUAGGUCACUGGACCACUCAUCAAGCUGUUCCUGUGCAUGUUGUCUGCCACAAAGUCAAAAGAGCUUCAAUGUUAAAAUGAGAACAGUUUGUUAAGACUUUUAUUAUAUUUUAUCAUAGGUACAAAUAUUUUAGCUGCCUAAACUUUCAGCUAUAUCAGGAUAUAAGCCAUUUUUACAUUCCAUUUGAUCAUUCUAUGGUUUUAGUUGAGAUAGCUAGUAGGUUAAACCAUAAUGGUCUGAGUACAUUGUUUUCAUGCUGAUACGGAGUAAUGAGUGCGCCUUGUGGUUGGAAAAACAAUGAUUCAUUUUUACCAAGUGACGUAGUAUUUGUCUUACACUACGAGUCACUGUUUUUAACUCAUGUUUCAACUUCCUAACAGCUAUUUUCACUUUAAAUAGUUGUAAAUGUGUAUUGUAUUUUUUUAAAGGAAGAGAAAUAUUCUCACCGUUUGCCUUUUAAUCAAAAUAUUGAUACAUCAUUGAUAGUCAUGUGAUAUUCCACUUGUGUAUUAAUGUUAAUGUUGUAUAUGUGUAUCUGGUAUGCAUUGGUGAUGUUCAGCUAUAUUUCUUACAGUAAAUUGUAUGUUUGGAAAGUUUUCUAGUUAAAUCAAUCGAAGACAAGUUCAGACAGGAAACCAGAGUAUUUGUAUCAGCUGAUAUUGAACCAAUUAGAUUCACUCUACCGAAACAUGGCGGUCUAUUUAGUUAACCAGGUAAUGCAAACUCAUUUCAUUAUGUCUGCUGCACACAAGCUAUGCACUGGUGUUCUUGGUGACAUGCUAUGCUGUAACAUGCAGUACUCGCCCUGCAUGUCUGCUUUCCGACCACCCACCCCAGACUCCCCUGUUUGGGCACAGCUUUUGUUUCAGUCAGGGGGAUUGGUAUAGCAUACCUGGCUCACUGUUUGUUAUUAUGUUAUCAUUAUGCAUGCUCUGGCAGUGAGCUACCCCGAAGGAGCAGAGCCUAACGCCAAGAGUAACAUAUUGAAUGUAUUGUAAUCUUUUUGAAUAAAUGGUUAAACGGUCUGAACCACUUUCAAUGUCCAAUUUACGUUUCAGUAUACAUGAGAAGCAUCAUUAAGUUGUUUUUGACACUACAUUCUACAAUCAUGUCCAAAAUCAUAACCAUAAGUCAAGUACGAUAUAAAUGUCAAACAGACCCAUGUAAGCCAGACCUCAGUGUGCUGCUGGUGACAGUGAUUUAUGAUGUGGUGGCAGCAGACACAUGCAAAACUAUACCCAACACCCCAGGGGAACAUAGUGCUUCCGUUUAACACGCCCACCAUUUUCAAAAACCAACCACAGUGAGUGAAUAACUCAAUUCCAAGGCCCUCCAAAACAACCAAACACACAGAGCAUGACCUGCAUGACAUAUGAAUAUGGAACACAGGCUGUAUCCCUAUUCUCACACACUCUACGA